AUACAUUAUAAAAAAAUGAAAAUUUGGCAUUUUGACAUUCUAACACUUCUUAUUGGAGCAAAACUCACAUUUGGAGAAGCCAAAUUGUCAAAUUUUUCUAGCAUUAUUUCACUUUGACAUUCCCUUGUUGGAGAUGGUUUAAAGAGUUAUAGUUCAAGAUAGAUCGAAUUAUAUUUGAUUGCAAAUCAAAACAGAAUGUGCAACAUAACUUAUACUUAAGUGACUACAUUUAACCCUUGAAUCGAGGUAUUCCAUUAUCACUCAGAUUUUCAUAUUUUUCUUCAUUUUUAUUUCAAAUUGAAACUUUAUCUUUCUCUUUGCAUCCUUAUCAUAUGAUUUAAGAUAUAAACUAUAAAGAAAAAAAAAGAGAUUGGUGCGAACAUUAUUAAGGAUGACAAAAAUAUCUGCAACCGUGAUAUGAACAUGAUUUUAAUAUUUUACCUGAUCCUUAUACGAAUAUAGUAUGGAUAAAACCCUAACUACAUUAAGUAGGAUAAAGAAUAUACACUAACUGUACCAACCCUACCUGUUGGGAUCCUACCUGUUGCCAUCCCCAAACAUUAUUAUCCAAGGAUUGUUUUUCCUAAAAAGGUUUUCCUAGCAAUAGCAAUAGUAUCCCCACAAUUACUAAAACACCAUUGUUAUCAUCAUGGUUAAUAUUAACUUACCAAUUUUAUUUAAUUAAUACAACCUUAUCAAGAUAUAAAUUUUUAACUAAGUCACCAAUGCCUAUAUAAACACUUCCAUCUUAGUGGAAAGCACCACAAACCCAUAUACGAACGAAAAAACAAACAAGAAAUUGCCAACCAUGGUCACAACCAUCACUAGGUCACCGCUGCUUCUUCUUCAAGUCCUACUUGCGACGGUUGCAACACUACUCGCCGGAACCUCAUCGGCGUUUAGCCUUUGGCCGUACCAGCACGUCCACAUCGUCAACCAGUUCCCCGCCGACGAUGAUACGGUCUUGCACGUUCAUUGUUUCUCGAGAAACGACGACAGAGGGCACGUCGAUUUGGGUGUUGGGAAGGAGUUCACAUGGCGAUUCAAGCUCAACGCAUUCCGGCCGACGAGGUGGAGGUGCGAGGUGUACGCCGAUGACACUAAUCACCAUGCCACAUUUGUUGUGUACGCGCAGAAUUUCAAGUUCUACUAUUGGAUCCACAAAAACAAUAUCUAUUGGCAUGUUAAAGAUGAUGGGAUUUACGUUCACGUUUUUCAAGAGCACCAAGAUGUAUACGUAAUACCAUGGGGUAGUACCGCAGAAGAUACAAUAAUGGAUCUAGGAACUACUUCAUAGUUAUACAAUACUUUCAUUAGUGUUUGAAUAAGGCCGGAGAAGUGUAAGUGGUGCCGGAUUAGGUUAAAGUGUUUUAUCUCAUGCCUAUUAAAUAAAAACCUUAAUUAUGUCUUGGAUGUGUAAUGACUAAUAUAUUCUCUCCCUUUUCGAUCUUUUGCCUUCUUUAUUUCAUAUUUUCUCCUCUUACCUUUUCCUUUGUUUUGUAUUAUAUGCGACUCGAAGAGUCCUUGACAGUCAUACAGACGGAGAUGAUGUAAGUUUAGAUUAGAAACAGAAAAUACAUGAAAACCCAAAGCAGGGAGUGAACCUGACUUGCCAAGAAGUUAGUACAUGUACACUUGUUCCCUUCUCUAUAGAUAUGGGAUAUAGAGACUUCUCACUGGCGAUUAAGGAGAGCCUGGAAAAGGUCAAUAAUGGUUGCGUGUUGAUGAUCGGAUUGGUCUCUAUUAUGCAUAAGUUGCACGACACACUUGGAGUCAAGCUCCACUAGUACUCGUUGAGAGCCCUUAUCUCAUACCAAAUGAAGACCUUCUACAACGCCUCUCAAUUCAGCUUGGGUGACGAAACAUAUCCCCAUGUUUAAAGCUACUGAUGCCGUGCAACAUCUUGUAUGAUAUCUAAUCAAGUCACCUACAGCUGCCUGGCCUGAUAAAGAAAGAACGGAAUCGUCGGAAUUGAGAGUUAUUCACUCGGGAGGGGGCAGUUUCCAGGAGAUCUCUAACUUCGUUCUGAUUGACAGACUAGGCGUAUGGACAAGACAGUCUUUUCCAUGGCAUUCCUCGCUACAUUAACCCAUGCCACCGAAGAAAGGCUUCGUUCUUGUUGUGAAGACUCGGUCUUUCUUUCCCACCAAAGAGACCAACAGGUGAUCCGAAAUAGCAGGCCAUGAUGUUGGUCAAAGCAGUUAAAAUCGAGAUUUUACCUAAAAUCAAAAACUGGGGUAAAAUCGGAAUCGUAAAAUCGAAUCGUAGAAUCGUAGGAUUUUAAGUACCAUGUAUAAAUAAACAUAUAAUAAUAUUAAUAAGGUAAAUAAUUAAUAACACAAAGCCUUAUAACAUUUAAAGUGAUAAUUUUCAAGAUUAAUGUUCCAAAAUUAUCAUUUUAAUUGUUAUUUAAUGCGUAACUCAAAAUAAUUUAUGAGGAAGGGAUAGAGCUCAUGGGGUUUGGCUCUUAUUUUUCAUGUUGUGUCUAGGUAGUUUAACUCAAAGUAGUAUUCCGACAUCGUCUACUAAGCAUGAUUUAAAACUAAGAAUAACUGAAAUCCAAUAAAAUAAUUAAUGUCAUUGGUUUGGUACAAAUAUAUUCAUUAAUUAAAUAAAUUUGUUAAUAAUGAUGUUAAUUCUUACGCACUUACAAUAUUUUGAGAAUUGUUUUACCGAUGAGUUAAACAAGGAGAAGGAAAAGGGGUUGACCGAACCAAAAUUAAAAAUUUUUUUCUUUUCAAAUGCUCUUUUAAUAGAAAAAAUAUAUGAGUAGAUCUCCGUCAUUGCUCUUUCCGCCGAAACAGUUAUGCUUCUUUUGAUUUGGUUCAAGGCUUCAAGCUCCCUAUUUUGAUCACAUAGGAUCAAAAUCCCGAUUUUGGUACGAUUUUACGAUUUUAACGAUUUUAAUCCCGAUUUUGAACGAUUUUAAGGUCCACCGAUUUUAUAGUAAAAUCAGGAUCGGAAUCCCUAAAUAAAAUCCUACGAUUUUACGAUUAAAAUCCCGAUUUUGACUGCAUUGAUGUUGGUAAUAGAGCUGCAAACGAGCCAAGUUGAGUCGAGUUUUUGCUUAGUUUAAGCUCAGCUCGUUGAUAAAUUUUGCAGUUCGAGCUCGGCUCGAGCUCGAAUUUUGAUAAUCCGGCUCGAGCUCUAGCUCGUCUUGAUUAAAAAUAAUCCAACUCGAGCUCGACUCGGUAGAGCUCGGUAAAUGCCAUUAACACAACUUGUCAAACUAAGUACAAGCUCAGCUCAAGAUAAGCUCGAUUUGAAAUCAUUCUUGUUGAAAAUGUGUACACAUAAGAAUUUAUAUGAUAAAAAGAACAGUAAAAACCAUAAAUAACAUCUAACUUCCAUAAACAUCCGUAUUAACAAGGUAAUUUUCAUGUUCAUAAGAGUAAUUGAUCAUUCCACGAGCUCUAAACAAGCCAGCCCACGAGCUUAUCAAGUUGAGCAUGGUCUAGCUCAAACUUGGCUCGUUUACUAACGAGUCGGCUCGUGAGCCAGGUUGUUAAAUAACAAGCCGAGUGUCGAACGAGUUUUUCAAUGCGAACGCCGAAUUGCUCGCGAGCGGCUUGUCUCAUUUGUAUCCCUACUGGUAACGUAUGUAUUUCAGUAUCCAAUCAUGUAUGUGCUGUCGAGUGUCGAAGAAGUGUUGUUGUUUAGAAAGUUGAGUGAGCUUGCAAUUCACCCAAUCUUAUGAAUUGGAGUUUGCUAAUUCAUAGGAUUGUUAAAUUAUAUAUUGCACUCUAUAUGAUGUCUAAGACAUUAAUUGUAUGUGAGCAAAAAUGUAUUUUUAAAAAAAUUUAAAAAGAAAUUAUGUAUCAUAAAUUGCUUCGAUAUUAUGAAAUAACAUGAUUUGUACUAGUUAGAAUUUAUGAAAUAAAUUAUGUGAUACCAACAUAGAAUAACAUGGGAUUAGUUAA